AGAGAGCCAUUUAUGCCUACUGAGUAGAGUAGACAGUGGUGGUUUGACACUCCUUUAUCAAAUCAAGCAAGCGAGUAGGAAGUCCGUUGGCCCUUUAUUUUUGUGAUCUCCACUUACAAUUUAACCACUAAAAACUGGGCAGAGAAAUCAAGAUAUAUUGAAGAUAUUAACAUAUUUUGUUACUUACCUUUUCCUUUUCUUGUAAUUUCCUUAUCUCACAGAUUAGGUUAGAUUUCUUUGUAACUAUAUAUGCCUUUUAAGGCUAGUGAAUAAACAACUUCUUCCGAGUAGAGACAUUGGAGGGUUCAAGUGCAGAAUAAACAAUUGCAUGAUGAAGGAUGCAAGUUUUGGAUACAUAUUAAGAGACAUCUACAACAAGUUUUCAUACUACAAAGGCAGAAGUGUUACAAAUCAAGGAUGUUCAAGUACAAAGUAAGUUUUCAUGAAUUCUUUGAAGAUUGGAUUAGCUCUCUCAUGUCUCUGCUGCCAUCAUUGGAGUAGUUUCCAAAUGAUAAACCAGCGGUUCAUGAAAUAUCAAGAACUCGACAAGCAACAACCUCUCUCACGUGUACUCUCUAAUCUUUUCAUAAAAUGAUCAAAACCACAAGUCAGUUAAAAACAAACGUGUGCUUACGUGUUUAUAUUAAAUUAAAGUUUUGGUCGCAAAAUAAGCUUAAGAAAGUGACCAAAGUCGAAUAAAUAAGCUUAACAAAGUACAUUGAUCACAGUGGAAUAAAAACGACGCAUUACAAAUAACAACUAUAAAAGAAGAGUGCGUUUAGUUCAGUUCAGUUCAUUCAUCAGACAGUAGUAGAAAGAACCUUCUCAACCUGAAACAAUGUGUCGAUUUUAAGCAGUUCAUCAAACCAAUCAACUUUCCCCCAAAUUUCACUAGUGUCACGCCGCCUUUCAAGCGCAAUCUCGGCACACCAAAUCUCCUUGUAAUGGCUAGGGUAACUAACACCAUGAUCACCCAAUCUAAUAAACCCUCUAUCACGAGUGAUCUUAGGCAGUCCUACCAAACCCCGCAAACCUCUCCACCUUCUUCUUUUCUGAGUAUCGUACCAUUUGAACACUCCGUUAGAAGCAGAGUACCAAACGUUCUCUAUCACGCAAUAAGCAUCUGAAAACAUACACCCACCCAUCCGAUCCCCGACCAUGUCCCAUCUACCUUCCUUGGGAUCGUAAGCAAGAACCUCUUUGUUAGUCACCACAUGGAACUUUCCGUCAAUAGAAACAGUAUCCAGACUCUAGGUAAGGCGUUCUGGGACGUGGGCGUGGCAAUACUGUAGAUGUUAGAACCAACCGCCUCCAGACUCCUAAAACUCUUAUUUAAGAGUCGGUUCUUAUUUUUUGUAGUUCAAAGUUAAGAGACGGGUUCUUAUUCCGAUAAGAACCCCACUCUAAGAACCCCCAAUAAUCAUGGUCUUAGGUUAUCCCAUGAUCCAUGGAGGACGUCCGCAUAAUGAACGCUGACGUUGACUCUGCAACAUAGCUAGCAUCAUACUCUCCAACUCUAACAAACAAAAAUAAACUAAAUACAAUAACAGUCUCUUUUAUCUUUGCAGGUCUUGGCUUAGUUCAUAUGAUCCUUGAGUAAAGUAACUAGUUUACUUUUUUCAUGUUUAUUCUUAAAGAUACAAACUUGCUUAAAGUGUUGCAGGCAUUGACUAGUUCUUAUGUUUUCUUUGAGGGAAAUCACUAGUUUACUUUUCAUGUUGCUUCUUAAAGAUAUACACUUGCUUAAUUAAUUGGUUGCAGGCAUUGACUUUGCAACAUGUAGCCAUCUAACUCUCUAUUUUUAGUCUCUCCAGGUCUUUGACUAGUUCAUGUGUUUUUUUUUUUUGUGGCUUAGUUGUCUUUCAUCAAGCUCUCCGGGACAUGAAUGAUUACAGAAACUAACUCUUCAUUCCAUCAAUGAUCAUGUCUAGUAAAAUCCCAUCACAUGUCGUUGUCUUGAUCCUUGUUCUGUUCUCUUGUACUGAACAUACCCACGGCAAGCUGAUAAUGCAGGGAUCAGCCGGAUUCGUCAAAGGUUUCAGAACGUUGACGAGCACCAAGAAGCACACAUAUGGGCAAGCCUUCCAUGACGAGAUACUCCAGUUCAAGAACUCCAACGGUACCAUGACAUCUUUCUCCGUCACCUUCUUCUUCGCUAUCGUCCCUCAGCAUAAGCGCAAAGGCUCUCACGGUAUGGCCUUUGUGAUCUCUCCAACAAGAGGAAUGAAAAAUGCAUCUGCUGAUCAGUACCUUGGAAUCUUCAACAAAGCAAACAACGGGAACAGGUCUAAUCAUAUCUUUGCUGUUGAGCUUGACAUAAACAAAGAUGAUGAGUUUGGUGACAUUGAUGAUAACCAUGUCGGCAUCAACAUAAACGGCAUGAGGUCUAUUGUAUCUGCUCCUGCUGGUUACUAUGAUCAAGAGGGGCAUUUCAGAAGCCUCUCUUUGAUCAGUGGAAGCCUACUCAGAGUCACUAUCUUGUAUAGCCACAAGGAUACACAGAUCAAUGUCACUUUAUCAUCACCAGAGGAAGGUUAUUACCCAAAGAAGCCACUUCUUUCUCUGAAACAAGAUCUCUCACCGUACUUUUCGGAGAAAAUGUAUGCUGGCUUCUCAGCCUCUACCGGCUCCGUUGGAGCAAUCCAUUACAUGUGGGUUUGGUUCAUCAACGGCUACAUUACUGUUCCAAAUCUUGACUUAGGGAUACCAAAGUUUCCAUCAUAUCCCAUAACAAAAACUAAGGUAGCUCUGAUAGUUUUGGGGACAAGCUUGGCCUUGGCUCUUUUUGCUGCACUUGUUGCUUCAGCUUUGAGUCUCUUCUACUAUAAGAGACAUAUGAAGGUUAUGGAGGUUUUAGAGGAAUGGGAGAUCGAAUGUGGACCUCAUAGGUUUGCUUACAAAGAGCUUUUCAAAGCCACAAACGGUUUCAAACAGCUUCUAGGCAAAGGAGGGUUUGGUCAGGUCUUUAAAGGCACACUUCCAGGUUCCAACGCAAAGAUUGCUGUGAAACGUGUUUCUCACGGCUCGAGCCAAGGGAUGCGUGAGUUCUUAGCUGAGAUAGCUACCAUUGGUCGUCUUAGACACCCGAAUCUAGUCAGGCUUCUUGGUUACUGCAGGUACAAUGAAGAGCUCUACUUGGUUUAUGACUAUAUGCCCAAUGGUAGCCUUGACAGGUAUCUCUAUGGAGGAUCAUCAGAUCAAGAAGAGCUUUCUUGGAGUCAACGUUUCAAGAUCAUCAAAGAUGUUGCCUCUGCACUAGCCUAUCUCCACCACGAGUGGUUACAAGUUGUGAUUCAUAGAGACAUCAAGCCAGCAAAUGUACUAAUAGACGACAAGAUGAAUGCAAGUCUUGGAGAUUUUGGACUAGCUAAGCUGUAUGAUCAAGGACACGAAGCUCAGACGUCAAGCGUGGCUGGAACGUUUGGUUACAUGGCACCAGAGCUCAUGAGAACGGGGAGACCGACGACGGGAACAGAUGUUUACGCCUUUGGUGUGUUCAUGCUUGAAGUUUCUUGCGGUAGGAAGCUCUUUGAGCCGCGAGCUGAGCCUGAAGAGAUUGUUCUUGCGGAUUGGGCGAUUAACCGUUGGGAGAACGGUGAUAUCAUAGAGGCGGCUAGUGAAAGAAUCAGACGAGAGUAUGAUAAGGGACAGCUUGAGGUUGUUUUGAAGCUGGGAGUGUUGUGUUCUCACCAGGCUGAAGAGGUUAGGCCGGAUAUGGCUACGGUUGUUAAGAUCUUGGAGGGAGUUUCUGAGCUUCCGGAUAAUUUGCUUGAUGUUGUUAGGACUGAGAAGUUGGGGAGAUGGUAUGAGAUGUAUGGAAAGGUGCUUGAUGUGGAGGUGACAAUGGAGUCUGGAGGUAACUUGACGGUCACGGAACCGUUGACUUCUGUAGGACGGUAAAAAGUGGUUGGUGAGGGUUUAAUAACAUGUGAGACGGUGUUUGCUUCUACAAUUGUUUUUGUUGUUGUUUGAAUGCAUCAUUUGGUUUAUGUGUUUGUGUGUUUAGUCUUAUGUUGAAAGAAAAACUUGUCUGCAUUUAAUAUGGGUUUGGGAUAUGUGAAUUUUUUUUUGAAAAAUAAUGGACAAUACUUUGGUUUUUCGGUUAUAGAGAACCGAACCGAACCGAUGACCAAACCGAUUCAUUUUAAAAGCAUUGCCGAUCGGUUCCUCUCCAAUAACCGGACAAUAACCGAUUCCCCUAAGUGUCGGUUCGGUUCGGAUCGGACCACUCGGUUCGGGGCAAAAUCCCAGCGCUAAUACUUAGCUUAUUAAGGCUUAGAAAGGUUUAGGUUUCUUAAAGCAUAAAAAGAUAGUAUCAAACGUAUACAAUAGGUGGUAAUGGUAUUGUAAAUUUGGAUUUGAAAAAAAAAUCGCCAACAAUGAUUCUAAGUUCUAACAAAUCUAUAUUAUAACCAGGACCCGAUCAUUUUAUUUAUAUAUAUACAAUAUUUUUUUUGUUGUUAUUAUAUAAUUUCUUUCUAAUGGACCCGAUCAAUUUUUAUUAAAAAUUGUGGAA